UGACAUCACACAAAAAGAGGAGGAGCAUCUUUUUCUGAGCUCUGAACUUGAGAAUAAAGCUGUUUGUCAUUUCAGCAGAAACAAAAACAGACCACGCUGAACAGCUGAGAGCUACAAUGGAUGAAGUGAGAAUUGUUCUGUUGGGUAAGCAAGGAGCAGGAAAGAGUGCGUCAGGAAACACUCUUCUGGGACAAAACCUGUUCAAGACUGCAGCCCACACAGAUCGAGUAACUCUGACCUGUUCAGUGAAAACAUCCACACUGGACAAUCAAAGCAUCAUAGUGGUUGAUACACCUGGAUGGCCUGAUUCAUCAUCUGAGACUGAAAUCAAGCAGGAGAUCAUGGAAUGCAUUGACAUGUGCAGUCCUGGACCUCACGUGUUUCUCCUGGUGUUGCCCAUCGGCAGGUUUACCAAUGAAGAGAUAAACACGGUCAGUGAUAUACUGAAUGAAUUUGGGAAUGAAUCUUUUAAACACAUGAUAUUGCUGUUUACUAGAGGAGAUGAUCUAGAGGACAAGUCCAUUGAAGACUACCUGGAAAACAUACACCAAGACUUGAAGAAUAUACUUGAGAAAUGCUUAGGAGGAUACCAUGUGUUCAACAACAGAGACAAAAGCAAUCAAAGUCAAGUCUCUUCUCUACUGCAAAAGAUCAAUCACAUGGUGGAUAAAAAUGAUAAAAGAUGUUAUACAAAGAUUAUGGAUCAAAAUGUCAAACACCAACAGAAAGAAGAUGAGGAAUGUUCAACAACAGCUGAGAAUUUGGGAUCAAAAAAACAUGAUGAUAUCGAAUGUACUGAAUGUACAGAAUCAGAACCAAAGGGCAAAAUAUACAAUGAACCAAACGAGAGAAAAGAAAAUGAAAGAGAAGUGAGGAAAGAGAAUGAAAAAGAAAAAAAAGAAAGUGAAAUGAAUCUUCUGUGGAAAACAGAUAUUGAACAGCAGAUCACUAGAAUUAAACAGCAGUUGGAAGAAUUACAGAAAAACAUGAUGAAUGAAUAUUUGGAGGGACAUCAAGGAAAAACAGAUGGAGAAGAAAGUGAUAUGAUGCUAGCGAUGGAAAAAACAUCUGCUAAAGACCUUAAACAGCUGGUCUUUAAAAUUGAUCAUCUGAAGCUCGAAUUAGAGAAAGACCAACAGGACACAAAUAAAAAACUAUGUGAAUAUUUGGAUGGAAAACUAGGAGAAAUAAAAAAUGAGCUUCGUGAAAGAAGUGGGAAGGUCAUAAUAGAAGAUGAAAAAGAUGAGAAACUAACUUCAAAAGCUACUUGCUGCAUGUGUCAGUAAGGGUCUACGUCUCCUCCCCUGUGCAUGUGUUACAAUACAAAACAGCAUACAAUAAAUAAUAUCUUCUUUAGAUAGUUAAAUCACAUGUCACACAUAAAUCACAUCCACUAACACACAUUUUUGCACUAUCCUGUGUAUUUAUACAAUAAAAUGUUUAAAAUACGUAUAUUCUUAAAUACACGCUACCAUAACUAUUUAAAAGUUGUUAGUACGGUGCAAAAUACACAUUAAAAUUUUUGAUUUAACUCAGAUGUCUUCUGUUUGAAUGCUGUCACAAUGUAACCAGUCAAAAUGACACACUUUAUCUCAUGCAUUAUUGUUCAGAUGUUAUUUUAGUACUGCAACUGUCACAUCACAUGAAUAGUCACAGUAUGAUUGUUAAAGAGAAUAUCCCUUAAAUAUAUACAUGUAUCGGCUACUUUGAAAGU